GGAGUAGUAGAUUGAUUGAUUGAUAAAACAACGUGCGGGGAGCGCCAAAGAGGCGGGCUAUGGCGGAGGCACGGGGGGGUAGAUGGGAUGCUGAUGCUCUAGGUGGAGGGGCAUCAGCGUUUAGUGAGGGGGGGGGCGGUCUUCCCGCGCAAAUGCUGGGGGGAGCAGUACCUGUAUCGGGGGGGGGCGGUCUUCCCGCGCAAAUGCGGGGGGGAGCAGGAACAGUACUUGUAUCGGGGGGGGGCGGUCUUCCCGCGCAAAUGCGGGGGGGAGCAGUACCUGUAUCCGGGGGGGGAGGUCUUCCCGCGCAAAUGCGAGGGGGAGUACCUGUAUCGUUAUCUUCUUCACCGUCGGGCGCUUCAGAGGGGGGGGGUGGCGAUGGCGGUCGCAUUCCUAGGGUGGGGGGGACAGACUUAUCUCAGGCUCAGGCCGAGGCCGUUGAUGAUGUUGUCCCCUCUUCAGCUGCACCCGCAGAGCAAAUCGGCGGUGGAGAUAUCGCUUGCUCCUCUCCUAGAGUAGAAGAUUGGUCCGAUAUGGUUCAUGAAGGUCUUGUUGUCGUUUUCCGUUAUCUCUCCGUUAAGGACCGAAUCGUUGUAGGCGCCGUUUGUCGGAGCUGGCGGCGCGCUUCCCUCGAUCCCGGGUGUUGGCGGGAAGCAGAUCUCACCCCUCUCCCAUUAUGGACGGAGGGGUCCAAAAACGUGUUCUUCGAUGUCUUACUGACCCGAAGCAAGGGGCAAUUGCGCAAAUUGUCUGCUGACCUUUAUCCCGCCAAAUGUCUUGAUAGGAUUUGGCGGGAAUGUCCGUUGCUCGAGGACUUGCGGUUUCUGAGAUGCAGUUGUGCGAUCGAAGAGGCGCCGCUGGAACAACUCUCGGCGGGUCUUCUUUCUCAUCUACGGGUUCUCAAAUUGAACAAGCUUGACAUCUUACAGACCUGGGACUCCGAGACGAGAGUUCUUGCGACGGCGGAUGCUCUUGUCAUCGCCAUAGCGAGAGGCUGCAAGCAGCUUGUGUCCUUGUCGCUGAAUGGUGAUUACACCCAGUUCACUGACACUGCUGUGGAGGCCAUCGUCGAGCAUCUGCCCCGACUAGAAAGGCUAGGGUUGAGCGGGAGUGUGAUAACCGACGCUAGCUUGGCAUUGAUUGGUGCUCAGUUAAAAAGCUUGCGCAAGCUCAAAGCUCUGUGUUGUUGGGACUUAACCGAUGAAGGUGUGAGUGCCUUGAAAUCCGCUCGCAAAGACCUUAAGGUGUUGACUAGUUCCUGUCGUAGUUCUCUCGAUAGCGGUGAUAGUGAUGGAUUGGAUAUCGAUUAUGAGGAGUGGUAUGAAGAGUACGAUGAUUUCGACGGGGAGGUUGAGUGUGAUUACGAUGACCAAGAGUAUGAUGAUGAUGAUGAGCGAGGAGGGUGGUAGAGGAGGGUAAGGGGUAAGUGCCUGUAGGGAGAAGAUGAUGGAGAGGGAGAUGGCAGUGAUGUUCCUUUCGGUUGUGGGAAAAAUGGAAUGGAGCGAGGGUGGGUAGAGAGGAGGUCAGGACGUGUAGGAGAAGGGAGAUGGCGAUGAUGAAGAUGAUGAUGAUGAUGAUGAUGAUGAUGAUGAUGAUGAUGAGCGAAGGUUGCAGAGGAAGUAAGGAUCUGUACGACAAGGAGAUGGUGAAGAGGGAGAUCGCGAUUAGGAUGAUGAUGGUGAUGAUGAUGAUGAUGAUGAUGAUGAUGAUGAUGAGCGAGGGUGGUAGAGGAGGUAAGUGGUUGUAAGAGGAUGAUGAUGAAGAGGGAGAUGACAAUGAUGAUGAUGAGCGAGGGUGGUAUAGGAGGUAAGAGUGUGUAGUAGAAGGAAGAUGGUGAAGAGGGAGAUGGCGAUCAUGUGAUGAUGAUGAUGAUGAUGAUGAUGAUGGUGAUGAUGAUGAUGAUGAUGAGCGAGGGUGGUAGAGGAGGUCAGGAUUUGUACGAGGAGGAAGGCGGUGAAGAGGGAGAUGGCGAUUGUUAUUGUUAUUAUUAUGAUGAUGAUGAUGGUGAUAAUGAUGAUGCAUCAUGAGGAUGAUGAGCGAGGGUGGUAGAGGAGGUGAGUGGUGGUUGGAGGAAGAUGAUGAGCAGGGAAAUGAUGAUGAUGAUGAUGAUGAUGAUUUGUAGGGGGCUUGGGUGGCAGUGGAUGAUGGGUCUGAGGAGAUGAUCGCAGCAUGUUCGAGUGGCUUUUCCUUGAUCUCAUUGUUCUGACACGUGGCGCGGCCAUAUUGCUUCCUGCAAGUAAUCAGGGACAAGGAUUGGCUCCUGAUUAAGGUUGUACUGCACUUGGGACUUUCGGGGGUGAAUGCGGGCGUCAUUGCGGUCGGAUACGUCAGAGAAAGUCCAUAUGUGAAUGAUGGUGUCUUCUCCCUGUCUUCACAAGUGUAUCAAAGGGUUAUUAGGUAGGUUGUUAUUCCUGGAAACUACCCCAAACCGGGUCUUAGGGUUUUUUUGCUCAAUAAGGCGGUUGGCGGAUCCUCAUCGAACAUGGAUUACCUGUUUAGGAACGUCAAUCUUAUGUUGUGACAAAGCCGCGGGUCUCUUUUGCGGAUCGGAGGUCUCCAUGUUCGAUGGACCUGUGCAGCCGCUUUUGCCCCAGCUGUAUACGUUUGCGCACCCUUUCCUCUCUGUGUGUGUGUGUGUGUGUGUGUGUGUGUGUGUGUGUGUGUAUUUGUAAGAUAGCAGAUGACGAAGCGAACAUAGAGAUAAGGUUGGGCACACACACACACACACACACACACACACACACAGAGAGAGAGAGAGAGAGAGAGAGAGAGAGAGAGAGAGAGGGAGAGGAAGGAACUGCCUUCUUCCCCGAGCACAUCGCACACUCAUCAUCAUGAGUGUAUCGAACGUGAAAAGUAGCUGUUAUACACAUGAUCAGGGUGCGUUCUGUUCGGGGGAAGACGGUAGUGCUCCGAUGUUGUCGACUCUUUGUCAUAGUUCAUCGCGGCGAGGGGUAGAGAUCCCGUCGCCGGUCCAGACUUGUAUGUAGUUCUCGUCUAGUGCGUCUUUCUGGUAUUGAGAUCCCGUCUCCGAUCCAGACAAUAACGAUGUUUUCUCUCCGUUUCAACUUCGUCAUUGUUUGUCGUUUUCCGAGGCUCUGUGCGUCUGACAAGUGUCAUUUAAAAAAAAGAAUGGAGUAAAAUAAAAUAAAAUAA